GGGGGAAGGGGUGGCAGGAUCACUUUCGGUUUUGUUUCUCUAGAAGGAAACACAGCAGAAGACUCCGGGGAGCUGGCCAUGGAGGGAGACUGGCAAGAGUGCAGGAACUGCAAAAGACGUGUGGCCUCUGCCAACCUGGCCCUCCACGAGGCCCACUGUUUGCGGUUCCUGGUCCUCUGUCCAGAGUGCAAGGAACCCCAGCCCCAGGAGAAGAUGGAAGCACACAUUGAGAGCAAGCACCGGCAGCUCGCUGAAUGCCAGGAGCAUGUUGUAUGUCAGUUCUGUGAGCUAGCUCUGAGCCUGAACAAACUGGAGACCCAUGAGCGCCACUGUGGCAACCAGAUGGAGCAGUGCCUGGGAUGCGGCUGGAACAUCCCACUCCGUGGCCUGGUCCAGCACCUCCAAGUGUGUCAGAGUGAAUGGGUUCCACCCGGGAAAGGGAAGAGAAUUUCAGCUUCUGAGAAGAAAAUUCACUGUCAUCAUUGCAAUCAAAUGAUCCCAGGGAAUGAGUAUUCUCGCCAUAUGGACAAAUGCCAUACAGUCACAGAGUCUAAGAAAUCCUUUCCAAUUGGAAUAUCAAGAAUUCCCUCUCCAUCCCUUCCAAAUCAGACUGCUAAAGGGUACACUUCCACGGCAGAGAAAGAUGUCCGUCCAAAGACCAGAAAUAGCAAGAAAUUUCCUCCUCUUUCUGAAAAGUCAACAAAGAAAACUCCAAGAGGCAGAGAUAAAACUAAGGGUCUGCCUUUGCAAUUUGAGCACACACUCAGGAUCACCUCUCCUGUAGAAGAUGAAGCAGCCUAUGAUAUUCUGAGGGGUUGUUCUCAGUGUGGAAUACUACUUCCCCUGCCGACCCUAAAUCAACAUCAGGAAAAAUGCUGGUGGUUAGCGUCAUUAAAAGAAAAGCAAGUGAGAAAUUCCAGCUAUAUUUGGCAAAGAAAAGACACUGAUUUAUUCAACAAUUACAGAUAAACCACCAACAAAAAGCCUCUCUCCAGCAACUCUGCCUGAAAGUCCUUCCCAAGCCUCUGCCCCAGGCGACCUGGAU